GUCGCCGCCACAGAAUCGAGGAUGCCGCCAUAUAGGACUCAUACCCCACUCAGUCGUCACAGUUGCUUCACCCGGAAGACACCACCAUCUUCAUUCGAGCAGUAGCCGCCACUUAGAAAGUCAACCACAACCUUCGCCGGCUCUCACGAGAAGAUUCACCGCCGUCGCAGCUACGGUGGCCCUGUCAACUUGACCAGUGUGCUUAACGCCGUUGGGCCGUCACGUCCUCCGCCGGGUACAAAUCCCUAGAUUACUCUUGAUGGUCAUUGCAUUUCAGUUGAGAGAAGUGACGAUGAGUGGGACAUUCCCAGGACCCAUAAAAAGAAAAAGGAAAAACCAUCCGGCCAACAACUUCUUGAACUCCGCCUUUGAAAGGCUUGGGAAUAAGGAAGAAGGUCAGAGGAAGUCGGCCAAGCUGAGAUUGGGGCAGAGCGUUGCCCAUGUUAGCGCUUUUGCCCGGUUGGGAAAGGGGAGGGAGGCUGAGCUAGCACGUACCCAGCGCUCCCGGUCGAACCCGCAAGAGCCUGCCAAGACAAGGGCUUCUCGCCAAGAAGAAGAAGCAGAGAGUCAACCCCGCGGACCGGUGGUUAAUCGGCUAACCAUGUCGAGUGAUCGCGUCCAGCAGAUGGAAGCCAAAUUGGAGAGGCUGGAGAAGAAAGUGGGGGAGAAGAACGACCGGGAUAAACCCCUUGCCGAGUUCCCGUUCACUUCAAGGGUCCAUCUGACACCCUUCCCACAAAAGGUCAAGAUAAACGCCCCAAGGUUUACUGGGAAGGAAGAUCCAGAAAUUCACCUGGACUCCUUCAAUAAAAGUGCAACCAUGAAUGGGUGCACAAACGAAGAAAAGUUCCUUUUUUUCUUUCAAACCUUGCGGAACCGAGCUACUGAAUGGUUCAAUAAGCUUCGCCCAGGGAGCAUUGAUUCAGUCAGCGACUUGGCCUCGAAAUUCAAGGCCAAGUUCCAGGAGAAUUGUACCAAGAGGAAGAAGUUAACCUAUCUCAGUACAGCCGGCCAAAGGGAAUCAGAUAAGAGAAUCUAACUCAAUCCUUUACCCGAUGGACAGAGGAGGUGGACAAGGUGGAGGAAAUGGAUGACAAGACAGUCUUGUCCCUCUUGUUGAAUGGCUUGCGUGUAGGGGAACUAUACAAAGAGUUCUUUUGUAUGCCACCGGUCACAUACCAAGAAGCCUACCACACGGCUUGGAAGUUUGCGGAAGCUGAAACCCAU